UACGUAUUUAGUCGGCGACAAACGAAACCUCCGCCUGAGGAUACAACAACACUGAGCCACACUCUGACGAGGAAACUCAUCCCAACGAGCCGAGCUACUUUUAUUCUGAAGAGUUUCAAGCGUCAGUAAAUCAUCAGUAGUUUUGUGUCUUUAGUCGAAAAACCGUCGAGAUGUCUCUCGCGGACGAGCUCCUGGCUGACCUUGAGGAGGCCGGAGAUGAGGGGGAGGAAGGGCUGUACCCAGAGGAAGAAGAGAGGGAUAGUGAUGGAGAGGCGACCCAGGGAAGGACAGAGGGAGGACUGGAAGACAUCCCAGAGGAGAUGGAGGUGGACUACAGUAAAGCAGAGAGUGUUGCGUCCAUCGCCAAGCUCCGCAAUAGCAAACAGUUUUCAGAGAUCGUUGACAAAAUUUCAGAAUAUAUUGGAAAGCAGCGCAAGAAUUCAGAUGUCUCCGGUCCUGUUGAAGCAGACCCAGAAUACAGACUGAUUGUAGCAGCCAAUAAUCUCACAGUAGAGAUCGACAACGAGCUCAAUAUCAUUCACAAAUUUACAAGGGACAAAUAUUCCAAGAGGUUUCCGGAGCUCGAGUCGCUGGUUCCAGAUUCUUUAGAUUACAUUCGCACAGUCAAGGAACUGGGCAACAAUCUGGAGAAAUGCAAAACCAAUGAGACUCUGCAGCAAAUCCUCACCAAUGCCACUAUUAUGGUCGUCAGUGUCACAGCCUCAACCACACAGGGGUUACAGCUAACUGAGGAUGAACUGAACCAGCUGGAGGAGGCAUGUGAUAUGGCCCUGGAGCUGAACCAGUCUAAACACAGGAUAUAUGAAUAUGUUGAGUCCAGAAUGUCUUUCAUUGCCCCAAAUCUGUCCAUCAUUGUCGGAGCGUCAACAGCUGCAAAGAUCAUGGGUAUUGCUGGCGGCCUUACUAAUCUCUCAAAGAUGCCGGCCUGUAAUCUGAUGCUGCUGGGAGCUCAGAGAAGAACCCUGUCUGGCUUCAGCAGCACAUCAUUGCUUCCCCACACCGGCUUUAUCUACCACUGUGAUGUUGUACAGUCACUACCACCAGACCUCAGGAGGAAGGCAGCUCGGCUGGUGUCUGCAAAGUGCACGCUGGCUUCACGAGUGGACAGUUUCCAUGAGAGCUCAGACGGCAAGGUUGGCUAUGAUCUAAAAGAAGAGAUAGAGAGAAAGUUUGAUAAAUGGCAGGAACCACCACCAGUGAAGCAGGUCAAGCCUCUCCCGGCUCCACUGGAUGGACAGAGGAAGAAGAGAGGAGGAAGGAGGUAUCGCAAGAUGAAGGAGCGUCUCGGGCUGACUGAGAUCAGGAAACACGCCAACAGGAUGACCUUCGCAGAGAUUGAAGAUGAUGCAUAUCAAGAGGAUCUGGGCUUCAGUCUGGGUCAGCUGGGGAAGAGCGGCAGCGGGCGCGUCAGGCAGGCUCAGGUUAACGAUGCCACCAAAGCCAGAAUCUCCAAAUCCCUCCAGAGGACAUUGCAGAAGCAGAGCAUGACAUACGGAGGAAAGUCGACAGUCAGAGAUCGCUCGUCAGGAACCAGCUCCAGUGUAGCGUUCACUCCUCUACAGGGGCUGGAGAUUGUGAACCCACAGGCUGCAGAGAAGAAGGUGGCUGAAGCCAACCAGAAAUAUUUCUCGAAUAUGGCAGAGUUCCUGAAAGUCAAGAAGGACUCUAAGAUGUAAAGACUCUCCCACACACACACACAGUUAUCUGGCAUGUGGGCAGUUGCACUCAACACAGCAAGUGUUAGUUCAGUUUAUUUACAAA